AAGAUGCCCCUCACUGUAAUUGGUUGAUGGGGUGAUAUUGGGCUAUCAGAUUGCGUUACCGCUCUAUUGCAUCCAGGGUUCUUUUGACUUGAGUUUCCAUUGGCCAAGAGUCUCUGCAAGUCGCACAAUCCAAAUCUCUUGGCAGCCGUCGGUGAUGGAGGCUGCAUCAUCCGUUACGAGGAGCUUCGUUGCAACUUCAAACCCACCAAGAGUAUCCAUUACCAGCCCAAUAGCCUCCAACCCAGCAUGGUGUUCCACCCCUGCAAACAUGUUCCCUCUUUACGCCUCCUCCACUAACUUCUUCGCUAUCUUGCCUACCCCUCACCCUAACCCCAGAAACUGUGCGCUUUAUCUCACUCGAUGUUCUACAAGACCAGACACAACCGACAAAAAUUCUACUGUUGGACCCAGUUCAAAUUCAAAUUCUAAUUCGAAACCCCAAGAUUCAGCCGCCCCCGCUUCGAAUGAAUCCCUUUCUUCUGCUGCUGCUGCUGCUUCUUCAUCUUCUAGGGGUUUGGUGUUUGAUUUGGGUCCCUCAAACUCAUGGGACAGUGCCCAAAUCGGGUCACCGGUGGUGAAGAGAUUUCUCAGUGACGAUGAGGAGAGGUGGUACAUGUGGUACCAUGGGGCGUCCAAUGAAAAUUCGGCUUCGGAUUCCAUCGGUUUGGCGGUUUCGAGCAAUGGGGUUCAUUGGGAGCGAGGCGGUGGUCCAGUUAGGUCGGGUGGGGAUGUGGGAUUGGUGAUGAAUUGUGGGAAAGACUGGUGGGCGUUCGAUACAAUGAGCAUUAGGCCUUCUGAUGUCGUCAUCAUGUCCAGCAACAGGGUUAGAGGUUCUAGUGCUGUGUACUGGCUUUACUAUACUGGGUAUAGUUCGGAAAAGGUGGUGUUUUUGGAUGAUUCUUUGGAGUUGUAUUUAGAAAACCCAGAAAGGGCUGGCGCUGAGAAUGGGGAGAAUGGUGGAAUUGGCAAGAUUUUCAAGUCUUUGCCGGGGUUGGCCAUCAGCCAAGAUGGGAGGCACUGGGCUAGAAUUGAAGGGGAGCAUCACACCGGAGCUCUGUUUGAUGUGGGAUUGGAAAACGAGUGGGAUUCCAUGUACAUUGCCUCACCGCAGGUUGUUUUCCAUGGAAACGGUGAUCUCAGGAUGUAUUAUCACUCUUUUGAUGUGGAAAAUGGGCAGUUUGCUAUUGGAAUAGCAAGGUCAAAAGAUGGGAUUAGAUGGGUGAAGUUGGGGAAGAUAAUGGGAGGAGGAAUAAGUGGUAGUUUUGAUGAGUCAGGGGUGGUGAAGGCUUGUGUGGUGAAAAACCGGAGGGAUGGGAAGUACGUGAUGGCAUAUGAAGGUGUUGAUGGCAAUGGGAGGAGGAGUAUUGGAUUGGCAGUGUCUCCAGAUGGGUUGAAGGAGUGGAGGAGGUCUCAGGAUGAGGCAGUUUUGAUGCCAGCAGAGGAUGAUGGAUGGGAUAAUAAAGGAGUGGGAUCCCCAUGUUUAGUGCAGAUGGAUGGGGAUGGGGAUGGGGGUGAGUGGAGAUUAUAUUACAGGGGCAUUGGCCAGGGGGGGAGGACAGGUAUUGGAAUGGCAGUUUGUGAAGGAAGUGAUAGAAGGAGAUUUAGAAAAUGGACAGGAUUUCAUCUGUAAAAUGGAUAGGCACUGGUGGGUUCUUUUGCUAGUAGUACGUCAGCACCGAGGCAUCAUAUAUUUUCUGCAGUAUGAAUCCGCCUGUCUUUGUCGUCUAGUUGCAAAAUCAAUAACCAUUCAUGAGUGUGCCACUGUUUUUGACAUUGAUAAACAUGAGAUUAGGUUUGUGGUUUGCUUCUUAAUUCUUAUGACUUGAAACUUUUCACUC